GUUGGCAUUACGUGCGCACAGACACAACUUCUCCGCUGCGCGUCUAGUCGCUCACGCCAGUCCGCCUUCUGUCCUCAUGUUUAGGAUGCUACAAACACCGCAGCUCCGCCAAGGCGUGAUUGCGCUUUUCAUGUGGUUCACUCACUUUAUGGAGGACCACAAAGUCCAGGCCGGUAACUGCUGGUUGCAGCAGGGUAAGAACGGCCGGUGCCAGGUGCUCUACAUGUCCGGGAUGACCCGGGAGGACUGCUGCCGGAGUGGUCGUCUGGGCACGGCAUGGACCGAGGAAGACGUGCCCAACAGCACACUGUUCCGGUGGAUGAUCUUCAAUGGAGGCGCGCCUAAUUGCAUACCUUGUAAAGAAACAUGCGACAGCGUCGACUGUGGUCCUGGGAAGAGAUGCAAGAUGAACAAGAGGAACAAGCCUAGGUGUGUGUGUGCUCCAGACUGCUCCAACGUCACAGGGCAGGGGUCCGUCUGUGGGUCCGAUGGAAAGUCCUACAGGGACGAGUGCACCAUGCUCAGGGCCCGAUGCCGAAACCAUCCCAACCUGGAGGUCCAGUAUCACGGGCGCUGCCGCAAGACAUGUCAUGGAGUCCGCUGUCCCGGUAGCGCGUCGUGUGUCGUGGACCAGACGAAUAACGCCUACUGUGUGACAUGUAACCACCAGUGUCCAGAAGUGACGUCACCAGACCAGUACCUGUGUGGGAACGAUGGUGUUGUUUACGCCAGCUCCUGCCACCUGAGGAGAGCCACAUGCAUCUUGGGAAGGUCCAUUGGUGUGGCCUACGAAGGGAAAUGCGUUGACGCCAUGUCAUGUGAGGACAUUGUGUGUCGGGGAGCAAAGAGUUGUCUGUGGGAUGAAGCGAGCGGCCGCGGACGCUGCUCCGUGUGUGACGAAGCGUGUCCAGAGAGUCGGCAAGCCGAGAGUGUGUGCGCCAGUGACAACAACACCUACCCCAGCGAGUGUUCCAUGAGGCAGGCCGCCUGUGCUCAGCAGCGCCUCCUGGAGGUCAAACACUCAGGAUCCUGCAACUGUUUAAACCAGGUUUAAACCACUGAGCCAACUAACCCUCAUACACCACCACGACCACCACUGCCCUGCCCAGCCCAGCCAACACCCCAGCGUGUCAGCCUCCCAGGACCCAGCUUCUAUGAUAACCAGAAUCACCUUGCUUCAUGUCCCACACGGGAGAAGAAGACCGCCAGUGAAUCAAGUCAAGGAAAAGGAGCUAAAAGUUUUGCAGUGAGAUUCUGUGCUGUUGUUACGUCCACUGAUGCAACAGCAGGCGAACCAUUUGUUCCUCCAUAUGUUCAUCAUCAGACACGGAACUUUGAGGAAGAGGAGGACGAGGAAGGAGGAGGAAAAAGAGCAGGAAUACUAGGAAUUUCCUCAAUCAAUACAUCCUCCAACACAGACCGGAUGAUAAACAUUCAUAAUAGAGGAACGGUGUUUCAGGUCAGCCACAGAAUACUGUUCAUACUGUACAUAAAGUGUAUGAUUAUUUAUUGUGCUGAGCCCAGUUUCCCAAAUGCAUCUUAAGGCUAAGAGCCUGUGGCUCUAACCAUGAACUUAGCCUUAAGAAGCUUUUGGGAAACCGGACCUAGGAAGAGAAGAGGAACUAAGCAAUCGUAUAUUUCAAAACGUCUGCGUGUUGUUUACUUGUAUGUAUUUAUAUAUUGUGUUGAUUAUUAUUUAUACAUUUACAGUGUCAGUCUGUCUUACUGUAUACCCUUUGUCUCUUGCAUUUUAUCCAAAGAGAAAGUGUAUUAUUUAUUUAAGGUGCAAUGCUACCCACAUUGAUGUUCUUCUCAUGUAAACCCCUGUCACGCAAUUCUCUAUCUGAGCUGUACACAUCUGCUUGUCGUGGGAAAAGAUUAGGAUUUUAUUUUAUUGAGAACUUAUUGCUCACUGAUGUACAUACCCUUGUGAGAGAAAGGCCCUGGUUUUGUUUACAACUCAAAGCUGACCAAAAUGGCUUUGUCUAGUUUUUGUUGAACAAAAGUUACCCGUCCUAGUCCCAGUACAGUGCAUAUACCAAUACUUUUAGUCAAUUGUCUCUUUCCCUUCAGAUAUGUAAUAGCCUUUGUGCAUUAUGGGGAAGAGGAUGGAGAAUACUGUGACUGAAACAAUGUAUAUGUCUUAUGUUUUAUACAACAUCUGAGUAGGAAUCAUUUCAUUUUUCAUUUUUGAGUCGACAAUAUUUUUGUUUUUCAUAUUUCAUAAUGUGCCAUUGAUACUCUUGUGCACUUUGAUUUGCCAAUGUUUUUCAGUGCGGUCAAUUAUUGAAUUGAUAUCACUCCCUCUGAGCCAAGUAAAUGCAAUUUACCACACAAUGUUCAUCACAUACAAUAUAUCACACUUGAGCAUGUUGUAUUUCCUCACACUUUGGGGUAUAUUCAUAUGACUUAACUGCUGCGGUAAAUUUACUACCUGUUUGUCCAAGACAGAAAUCUGUUUUCAGAAGAUAGCAGCUGCUAAAUUUACAGUGGGGAUAAAUAUCGAUGAAUAAACCUUGGUCUAUUUUGUUAUAUUAUGUUGACUAGAGAUUCAGUCAUAAAUAUAUAGUUUUGUAUUUUUUAUGUGAAUGUUAAAUGUACAUAAUAGCUAUGAUGAUGAUAUUUGUACAGGGCAAGAGAGUAAAGAAUAAAAUCAU